AUGAAGAAUUCUUAUCUUAUAAACGGCGAUGAUAUCAUGCCAAAAUCACCUUCCGAAGAAAACGAUGAUGAAGUCAGCAUGGAAUGUGAUAUGAAUGAUUCGAAGUUGAGAGAUGAAAGACAUAGUGGAGCUUCUCUGGUUCUGGCCCAAGUAGAAUCAAGGGGUUCUAUCCGUGCGCUUGAGGUUGACCUUGGCGACAUUGACGAAGAGAGAAAAAUACAAGCUGCUGAAGGACGAUUGCUGGAGAAUCAUGCUCCUGAGAAUGCUGAUGAGUUUGAGAAAUUGGUUAGAAGCUCUCCAAAUAACAGCUUUGUCUGGAUAAAAUAUAUGGCGUUCAUGCUCAGUUUGGCUGAUAUUGAGAAAGCCAGGUCAAUUGCUGAGAGGGCCUUGAAGACUAUAAUUGUUCGUGAAGAAGAAGAGAAGCUAAACAUAUGGGUUGCUUACUUCAAUUUGGAAAACGAACAUGGAAGUCCUCCAGAGGAAGCUGUUAAGAAAGUGUUUGAAAGAGCCCUUCAAUACUGUGACAAGAAGAAAGUUUACCUCGCCCUCUUGGGUGUGUACGAGAGAACAGAGCAAUAUAAAUUGGCUGAUAAGCUGCUUGAUGAGAUGGCCAAGAAGUUCAAGCAAUCCUCCAAGGUUUGGUUAAGGAAAAUGCAAAGUUCUCUAAAGCAAAACGAGGAUGGCAUUCAGUCUGUUGUGAAUCGCGCCUUGCUAUGUCUUCCGCGCCAUAAGCACAUUAAAUUCAUAUCACAGACGGCUAUUCUUGAGUUCAAAUGCGGACUUGCAGAAAGAGGGAGAUCACUGUUUGAAGGCGUUCUUAGAGAAUACCCGAAAAGAACAGACUUGUGGAGUGUUUAUCUUGACCAAGUUUGUUAUAUUCCGCUCCCCCAACCAAAACUUCUGAGAUCUUUAUUGGAGAGAGCCAUUAGUUUGAGCUUGCCUCCUAAGAAGAUGAAGAAGUACUUGGAAUAUGAGAAAUCUGCUGAUGUUGAGGAGAGAGUCGAAUACGUGAAGCAGAGAGCUAUGGAGUAUGCAGACAGUACUUUGGCCUGA